CGCAUGUAUAGCAUGAUCCAAUUAUACUAAUCAAUCCGACUAUAACUCCUCUUGAACAGUAACAAUAGACAGGCGAACGAACACAGAUUCCUCCUUUGACCGAAAAAUAGAAAACGCAGAUUCCUCCAAUCAGACAGGACAGAUCUCCUUCCUCCCAGGCAAUAAUGUUUUGUAUAAUAAGGUUGGUUCCAAGUAAAUUUUGUACCGCCCGGAAAUAUGAACUUAGCAAUGCCAGAACUCGGCGUUUCGCAUGGCGGCACCCGGGGAUGCACCAAGAACCUCGUGGUUCGGGUUCUCGCGAGCCGGUGGUUCAUGGUCUUCGCAUCAAUUUUGAUCAUGUCCGUCAACGGCACGCUCUACAUGUUUGGUCUGUACUCGAAUGACAUAAAAACAUCCAUGGGCUACGACCAGUCCACCCUCAAUCUGAUAGGCUUCUUCAAGGAUUUGGGCGGCAACUUAGGCAUAUCGGCUGGCCUCAUCUACGAGGUCGUGCCGCCAUGGGCCAUUCUCUCCAUCGGGGCUGUCAUGAACUUCUCCAGUUACUUCCUCAUCUGGCUAUCUGUCACGGGCCGGAUCGCGAAGCCCCGCGUGUGGCAGAUGUGCCUGUACACAUGUACUGGAGCGAACUCACUGUCGUUUUCGAAUACAGCAGCUCUGGUGACAAGCGUGAAGAACUUCCCUCACAACAGAGGCAUUGUGAUCGGCCUCUUGAAGGGAUUCAUCGGUCUGAGCGGUGCCAUCAUCACGCAGCUCUACCACGCUCUCUAUGGGGACGAUUCGACAGCCCUUAUACUGCUCAUCGCCUAUCUUCCUGCUAUCGUAUCGCUGGCAUUCCUCCCCACAGUUAGGAUCAUAAAGUUCGUUGCGAGAAAGGAAGACGUAAAAGUAUUCAGCGAUUUCCUCUACAUUUCGCUCGGGUUAGCCGGAUUCCUCAUGGCCAUAAUCGUUCUACAAAGUAAGCUACAAUUUAGUAGAUUGGAGUACAUUGGUACUGCUGUGAUUGUUCUUGUUCUGUCAUUAUGCGUUCCUCUAUGUAUUGUUAUAUACGAAGAAAUCAAACUUGCUAAGCUCAGGAAAGCAAUUGAUAAUCCAUCUCGAUGCGAACUACCGCCGGCAGCCCUCGAGCCACAGUCAGGCUGGUCUAGGGCCUUGACGUGCCCGAAUCCGAUAUCUUGUGUAGCUGACAUUCUCAAGCCGCCCGAAAGAGGUGAGGACUACUCCAUACUUCAGGCCAUCUUCAGCAUCGACAUGUUGAUCAUAUUCAUCGCGACAACUUGCGGGGUCGGGGGGAUCCUGGCUGCCAUCGAUAACCUGGGUCAGAUCGGCGAGUCAAUGGGGUACCCCGCCCACAGCAUGGCCGCGUUCGUCUCUCUAAUAAGCAUCUGGAAUUACCUCGGGCGGGUGGCCGCUGGCUUCUCCUCAGAGAUUCUGCUGGCAAAGUACAAGUUUCCCCGCCCGUUGAUGCUAAGCAUCGUCAUCCUCUGCUCCUGCGCCGGGCAUGUCCUCGUGGCAUGCGCAGUCCCCGGGUCUCUCUACCCGAGCUCAAUGAUCAUGGGCUUCUGCCUGGGCGCACAAGUGCCUCUAGUGAGCUCAAUCAUAUCGGAGAUCUUCGGGCUCAAGCAUUACGCGACUCUGUACAAUGUGGGAACGCUCUCGAGCCCCGUCGGGUCAUACAUUUUCAACGUGAAGGUGGCCGGGCUGCUGUAUGACCAGGAAGCCGCGAAGCAGAUGGAAGCUCUGGGGCUGAAGAGGAAGGCAGGGGAGGCGCUGAGGUGCAGGGGAGUGCAGUGCUACAGAACGGCUUUUGCGGUGCUUGCAGCUUCGACAAUGUUUGGCUGUCUUGUCUCACUUGCUCUUGUCAUUAGGACAUGGAAGUUUUACAAAGGUGAUGUCUAUAAGAAGUUCACAGAGGAAACAACCGCAGCAGAAGAUGUCCAUGAUGAGAAAACUGAUGAAAAAUGAACGACGGUUAGACUAUCUUCUUAAUAAAUCUGAUAUGAAAAUAUGGACUUACGCCACCAUCGAGGGAAUAGAGCAGUCGGGGUUCGUGGGCUAGAAGGCAUUAGAGGAGUGCUAGUGGGGCCCGAGGGGAUCGAACACGACGGAGGCAAGAGACCUCGGGGGCUCGAGCGCCUUUGAGCCUUGAGCGCCUCGGAGCUAGGGAACCUCAUGGGUUCAUACGCCUCGAGCCCAGAGGCCUUGAUUGGGUUUGAACCUAUCGAGGCCAGAGGCCUCGGAGGGAUCGAGCACCUCGAGGCUAGAGACCUCGGAGGAAAGUGGCCCCGGAGGUCCGAAUGCCUCGUAGGCCCGAUGGCCUCGAAGGGAUCAACCACCUCAAGGGCCGUAAGGCUGUCGGUCCCCUUCAAAGGGUCGAUGGGCUCGAUGGUCCCAACCUUUAACCAUAUCGAUUAGCUCGUUCCUCAAACCGAAACGUCCGCCCAUAUACAGCGUGUUUCCAAACCAUUGAUCAUCAAUGGAUAACUAACAUCCAAUAUGGACCUCAGGCCCCGUAAGGCCCAUAAGGACUCACGCUGAAGGUAAGAAGUUGGCAUGAGGGUCCAUUCUUACAUCCGAAUGACGUAAGUUGGACGCGUAUAAAUAGAGAAUUCACUCACUGAUCAUGGCAAGUACACAUUCCCCGUGAAAAAUUCUUAUUGCCUUUGACAUAAGUUUUCACUUGAGCGUUGGAGGAGGUUCUCCCGGGGUUCCACUAACGCUUGUUUUCGUAGAAUCAGGUGUUAAAUUAAACAGAGGGAAACGCGAGUGAUUAGCAGGAGAACCCGUUGAAGAUCUUGGGAUUAGGGAACAUCAAGAGAAAAUCAAGUCGUGAUAAUUUUAUUUCACAUCAAAAUCCAUUCAUCAAAAUGAUAUUUAAAAUCCUCACUCAAAAGAAUUGAUUAUGAAUUGAUUUGAUUUUAUAUUCCGACUUCAACUUGCUGCUUUUGUUCAUCGUAUAUGGAGACCAAGAGCACUAUGGGCGGCUGCGGUAGAUUCGGAAUAGAACUAUUAUGAAGUAGAGCCGGCUUUCCAUCCUAGUUCACAAAAUAGAAACGUUCACUUGCUAGCCAUUUAAGUUCUUUUUUUUUUUUCCUGAAUAUUUAUGUAGUAUAGAACUAUUAUUGACAUUUGACUGAUUCGUAGCCGUCCAUGCCGACUGCAUAGAAUGAACGCUAUUUGGGCCCGUGAGAUUGCUCCUUCGAGGAGCUACGUGAUAAGCACAGAGCGAACUAUUCUUUCGCCUUUUACUAAAGAAUAUCGUAUGCUCGUCACAUAAA